UUCAUUAUGCUCGGGAUGAAAAUAAUUGCAGUUUUAUCCGUACUGUAUAUCGCUGUUUGUAAUGGACUGCCAUUUGCCGAUCAAUUGGCCGCCAAUGAUGUGGACAAUAGCCACAAAUGGGUCGUACUGUGCGCCGGGAGUAGCGGUUGGAGUAAUUAUGGAGAUCAGGCUAUUGUCUACCGGGCGUAUCAUCAGUUCCGCGCGUUAGGCAUACCGGAGAGCAAUAUAAUUGUCAUGCAUUACGACGAUAUCGCUAAUAAUGAGAGAAAUCCUACCCCGGGUAAAGUGGUCAACGAGAUCGACGGUCCAGAUGUCUACAAAGGUGUGCCCAAAGACUAUACCGGUGAAGAGGUUACCCCAAAGAACUUUUUAGGGGUAAUACAAGGUGAUGAAAAAUUGGCUGCUCAGGGUAAAAAAGUUGUUAAAAGUGGACCCAACGAUCACGUGUUUUUAUAUUUUGGCGAUCAUGACCUGGUGUGUUUUGCAACUGGUUAUUUGUACGCAAAGGACUUAAAUGCGGCGCUAAAGUCUAUGAAUGAUAAUAAACGCUUUUCAAAACUUACCAUGUACAUUGACACGUGCGAUUCUGGCUCAAUGUUUCACAAUCAUUUGGCCGAUAACAUUAACGUGUACGCCACCACCUCAUCCAAUUACAACGAGCUCAGCUAUUUUUACACUUAUAGCCCCUUAUAUAAAACAUAUAUAAGUUCUUUCUUUGCUAAUAAUUGGUUGGAUGAUGAUCGUACUAGCGAUUUGACCAAGGAGACAUUUGGGCAACAGUUUCAGUAUUUUGCUUCAAAAAGUGAGCUUAAUAUAUCCGGCAGUCAUUAUUAUGUGCAUUCACAACAGUAUGGUGAUUUAUCGGUUACCAAGCUCACCGUGUCCGAGUUUCUAGGAAAUAAACCCAAAGUGGAUGUCAAUAGAAAUGACAAAUUAGUGCAAAACUCGGAUGCGGUUAACAAAUGGGAUGUUUCGCUGGAUUUACUACAAAGACGUGUAACUGAAGCAAAGAAUAUCAACGAGAAAAAUGGUCUUAUGAAAGAGUUGGAGGAGUUAUACGCCGGCAGACAAUCUGUGGACAAACAUAUGACUGAUUACGUGAAUAGUAUUCAACACUUACUGACAGUCGAUAGCAAUGCUAUUCUAAACACUAAACAAGAGCUCAAUAAUAGACAGUGUUAUCGACAACUUGUGGACACUUAUCAUCAAAACUGCUUUAAUUUGAAUCAGAAUACAUAUGUAUUGCGAAAACUUAGUGUAUUUGUGAAUGUGUGCGAAGACCUGAAUGACACAACCGACAUGACUAAAGUGAUAGAUCAAUUGAUUCAAUCCUGUCAACAUAAAAACAAUGAAAAUGCUAACAAUAUAAUGAUCAAGUACAAAGCUAAGAAAUACACAGCUGUAUUAAAAAUAGCAUUACUUUUGUCGGUACUGUAUAUCGCCGUCUGUAACGGACUGCCAACCGCUAGCAAUGGCCAGAAAUGGGUCGUAUUGUGCGCCGGCAGUAGGGGUUGGGGCAAUUAUGGUGAUCAGGCUAUUGUCUACCGGGCGUACCAUCUGUUCAAGGCUUAUGGCAUACCUGAGAGCAAUUUAAUUGUCAUGCAUUACGACGAUAUCGCUAAUAACUCUCAAAACCCAACGCCCGGUAUUGUGGUCAACGAUAUCGGCGGUCCUGAUGUCUAUAAGGGUGUACCCAAAGAUUAUACCGGCAAAGAUGUCAAUCCCCAGACCUUUUUGAAAGUACUUCAGGGCGAUGCUGAAUUAGCUGCUGCUGGUAAAAAAGUGGUUAAGAGUGGACCGAAUGAUCACGUGUUUGUCUAUUUUGGUGACCAUGGCUCAACAGACCUGGUUGCUUUCCCCUCGUCCUACUUAUACGCUAAGGACUUAAACGCAGUUUUGGUCAAAUUGAACGAGGAGAAAAAGUUUGCCCAGCUCACAAUCUAUUUGGAUACAUGCGAUUCAGGAUCAAUGUUCCGAAACCAUUUGCCCGCCAAUGUUAAUGUAUACGCAUCGACAUCGUCCGAUUACGACGAGCUCAGUUGGUUUUACAUCUACGAUGAGAAAUACAAAACUUAUAUAAGCUCAUUCUUUGCCGACAACUGGUUGGACAAUGAGGCGCAGUCUGACAUUAACACCGAGACAUUACAACAACAAUACCAAUACCUCAAAGACCACCACACCGUCCAAAACCCGCACUCAAACACCACACAUGAAAUCCAUGCCCAACAGUACGGCGAUCUGAAUGUGGCCAAGACCAAGGUGGCUGAGUUCUUGGGUCUCAAACCUAAAAACGCCGAUAGAUUUGUGCCACACUUGGGCUCAAACACCGAUGCGGUCAACAAAUACGAUGUGUCCAUAGAUUUACUGCAGAGACUUAUUGCCAGCGCUCAGGAUAUCAAUGAGAAAAAUAGUCUUAUUGUCGAGUUGGAGGGCUUAUACGCCGGCAGAAAAUAUGUUGAUAAACACAUCAAUAAUUACGUGAAUAGUAUUCAACACUUACUGACAGUCGAUAGCAAUGCUAUUCUAAACACUAAACAAGAGCUCAAUAACGGAGAGUGUUAUCGAAAAUUUGUCGACACUUUCCACGAAAAUUGCUUCAAUUUGGGCGAAAACUCUUAUGUAUUGAGAAAAAUGCAUGUUUUUGCCAAUAUAUGCGCCAGUAUUAGCGAAGUCCAAGUUAACAACGCUAUUGAAAAUUUGGUCGAGUCGUGUCAACAAUAUUCAGCUAAAACUUUCGAGGCUAUUGUUUAAACAUGUGAUGCUUUGUUGUGAUAAUUGUUAUUAGAUUAUUAUAUUAUUGUAUUUUAAUUAUUAUGUGAUUAUUAAUACAAAUUAAAUAAAUUUAUUUUGCAAAACGUA